AUGCACAAGAGAGGAGGCACAUGUUCUUUCCCUAAUUAUGAUGGAAUGGUAGACAUAACAGCUGUUGAUGCUGGUGGUUGGGCUCAAGAUAGUUCUUGUGAGGCAGGUCAUUAUUGCCAAUAUGCUUGUCAGCCGGGUUACUUAAUGGGACAGUGGAAUCCGGAGGUCACUUCAUAUAGCUACCCAGGAUCCCAAGAUGGUGGCCUUUAUUGUAACGAUAACGGAGAGUUGGAGAAGCCAAUUUCCCAGAAUGAUUACUGCUACAAGGGUAAAGGAACUGCAAGUGUUAAUAAUCAGGCCUCUCAAAAUGUUGCCUUUUGUCAGACAGUUCUCCCAGGCAAUGAGGAGAUGCUCAUUCCUACAAAUGUCGACGCAUCUAGUUCCGAGGAUUUGGCAGUUCCAGGUACCGAUUACUGGGCCGGAACUGCUGCUCAUUUCUACAUUAAUCCUCCUGGAGUUUCUGUUGAAGAAGGUUGCAAAUGGGGCUCUACUGCAAAUCCUUACGGUAACUGGUCGCCAUACGUUGCUGGUGCAAAUAUGGAUGACAGUGGAAACACUUACGCCAAAAUUGGCUGGAAUCCUGUCUACUUGGAAGACUCUUCACCAUUUAAAAGCACAAAUCCUAGCUUUGGUAUACGCAUGAAAUGCGCAGAUUCUUCCAAGUGUAACGGUGAUACUUGCGAAAUAAAUCCUUCCAAGUACGGGUUGAACAAAGUUAGUGCUGGUGGACAAAGCGACUCAGAUGGAGCUACUUGGUGUGUUCUUACUGCUACUGACAAUGCUGCAAUAACAUUUGAAGUCUUCGAUGUUUAG